AGCUCAAGCCAUAAUCAACUUGAAGAUCGUGUAAGAUCCAACGGAACGUAGAAAUCUAUAUCGCGUGUGAGAGGAGGAUUUGCAUAAAUUGAGUCUGAGUGAUAAUGACAAGCUAUACUGACAAAGGAACCAAACCUGAAGCCGGCAAAUUUCUAAGCUUUGAUCACUUGACAUUCUACGUUGGCAACGCCAAGCAGGCGGCCAGCUACUACACCACUCGUCUGGGCUUCGAACCACUUGGCUACCAGGGACUAGAGACCGGAGAAAGGCGCUUCGCCAAGCAUGCCGUGCGCCAGAACAAGAUCGUUUUUGUGUUCGUCUCCGCGUACACGCCGGAUGACAAGGAGCAUGGACUCCACCUGAUGCGCCACGGUGAUGGGGUCAAGGAUGUGGCCUUUGAAGUGGAGGAUCUGAAUGCCAUCUUUACGCUGGCUGUGUCCCGCGGCGCCGAAGUGGUGCGCGACAUCUGGGAGGAGAGCGACGACCACGGAUUCGUGAGAUUCGCCACCAUCAAGACGUACGGUGACACCACCCACACCUUUGUGGAGCGCAAUGGCUACUCCGGUGACUUUUUGCCGGGAUUCCAGCGUGGAGCAGAGGAUGUUCUGCUAAAGGGCUUGCCCUCCACCAAACUGAACUUUAUCGAUCAUGUGGUGGGCAACCAGCCGGACCUGCAAAUGGAAAGUGUGGCCUCCUGGUACGAGAGAAUUCUGCAGUUCCAUCGUUUCUGGUCCGUGGAUGACUCGCAAAUCCACACGGAGUACUCCGCCCUGCGCUCCAUCGUGAUGGCUAACUACGAGGAGACGGUGAAGAUGCCCAUCAAUGAGCCGGCCAAUGGCAAAAAGAAGUCGCAGAUCCAAGAGUAUGUCGAGUACUAUGGAGGUGGCGGUGUCCAGCAUAUUGCCCUUAACACUGACGACAUCAUACAGGCGGUGAGCAACCUGAAGGCUCGGGGUACCGAGUUCUUGACCAUUCCCUCGUCCUACUACGAGAUCCUGCAGCAGCAGCUCUCGCAGAGCCGCACCAAGAUCAAGGAGGACAUGGAAAUCUUGAAGAAGCUGAACAUCUUGAUUGACUUUGAUGAGAACGGUUAUUUGCUGCAAAUCUUUACAAAGAAUUGCCAGGACAGGCCGACCCUCUUCCUGGAGGUUAUCCAGCGCCACAAUCAUAACGGUUUUGGCGCCGGCAACUUUAAGUCCCUGUUCACGGCCAUCGAAAUCGAGCAGGCCAAGCGCGGCAACUUGUGAAUUAUAACCAUAAAUGUGUGCAAUAUAAAAUACAAAGUGCAAUGAAUCAAACAGAAACACUA